CUGAGACGUGAUUCCAGCCAGUGGUUUGGUUUUUUAAGCUUUCCUACCUUGGAAUGAAAGUGAGGACAUGACCACUUUUUGGACUACUGACAGCCAGCUUGGAGCCUGUCUACAAAAACCUCUAAACACAGAGAAUCCAAACUCCGCUUUCAGUCCCUGGGUUGCGGUGAGCAUCACCGGCCAGGGGGUUUCCUUUGGGUCUUUUGGACUCAGGAAGCAGGGAAACCUUCCCGCGCUCCACCCAGAGGGAAACAGCCCAGGCUCCCGGAGCCACGCGGCCCUGCCUGCAGUUUCGUGGGCGGCCGGCUGGAGGCGCAGUGCAAGCUGGGCGGGGCGGGCGGAAAUAACGGGCGGCCAGGUCGGCCUCCCCGCUUCCUUUUCCGGUGCCAGGAGGAGCCGUGUCGCUGUCGUCUCGGUCCAUCAGGCCUUCAGCGGGUCUCCAUUGCCCGUCUCUCUGGACUCACCGCCGCCACUGUGCCGCGCCUAGGACUCGGAUCCUGCCGG